AUGUUCGCUCCCUGCGAGUGCGUGAGGCGAGGGGGCAGAAGGACCAUGAAAAUGAUCCGGUUCCGGAGCUCGAGCAUCAGGUCGCUGAGCCAGGAGAUGAAAUGCACAAUCCGUCUGUUGGACGACUCGGAGAUCUCCUGCCACAUCCAGAGAGAGACCAAAGGCCAGUUUCUUAUAGAUCAUGUUUGCAAUCACUACUGUUUGUUAGAAAAAGACUAUUUUGGCAUUCGCUAUGUGGAUUCUGAAAAACAGAGGCAUUGGCUUGAGCCCAAUAAAUCUAUCUUCAAGCAAAUGAAAUCUCAUCCACCAUAUACCAUGUGCUUUAGAGUGAAAUUCUACCCUCAUGAACCCCUGAAGAUUAAGGAAGAGCUCACCAGGUACCUUUUAUACCUCCAAAUAAAAAGAGAUAUUUUCCAUGGCCGUUUGCUGUGUGGGUUUUCUGAUGCUGCUUACCUGGGAGCAUGCAUUAUUCAAGCUGAACUGGGUGAUUAUGAUUCUGAUGAACACGUGGAUAAUUACGUCAGUGAAUUUAAGAUCUUCCCUAAACAAUCUCAAAAGCUGGAAAGAAAAAUUGGUGAAAUACAUAAAAAUGAAGUCAGGGGGCAGAGUCCAGCUGUUGCUGAAUUUAAUUUAUUAUUAAGAGCACAUUCUUUAGAAACCUAUGGUGUUGAUCCUCAUCCUUGCAAGGAUUCAACUGGGACUACAACGUUUUUAGGAUUCAUAGCUACAGGUUUUGUGGUAUUCCAGGGAAAUAAAAGGAUACAUUUGCUAAAAUGGUCUGAUGUCUGUAAACUAAAGUUUGAAGGGAAGACAUUUUAUGUGAUUGCAGUUCAGAAGGAGAAAAAGGCUAUGUUAUCAUUCCAUACUUCUACACCAGCAGCUUGCAAGCAUCUCUGGAAAUGUGGUGUGGAGAAUCAGGCUUUUUACAAAUAUGCAAAAUCAAGCCAAAUCAAAACGAUGUCCAGCAGCAAAAUAUUUUUUAAAGGCAGCAGAUUUAGAUACAGUGGCAAAGUUGCAAAAGAAGUUGUUGAAGCAAGUUCAAAGAUCCAGAGGGAGCCUCCAGAAGUGCACAGAACCAACAUUACUCAAAGUCGUAGCUCUUAUUCUUUAAGCAAACAACUCAUAAUAAACAUGGAACCUCUGCAACCUCUCCAUCCAUCACCAGAUGACCAGGAAGAGGUUCUUUCUGAUGAAGGGGAAGAUCCUGCUAUCAGUCCCCACCUGGUACAGCAUGAUCCCAUCCCUGUACUUCUUCCUGGAAGCCUUACAACUUGGAAAUCUGGUUCUUUCUCCAUUCCACGUGAUACUCCCCCCCGUAUUCGUAAUCCCAGAUCUCUUGGAAUCCAACUGCCGAAGGAAGAUGAUAUUUCGCUCCCUGUGAUAUCAAGCUCUCCUACUAAAGAAACAGAUGAUGGUUCAGAUCUUUCGGUUGAGGAGGGUGAGAAAAUCAAAGAGGAGCCUUUAACAAUUUCAGAAUUGAUGUACAAUCCAAGUACCAGUUUGCUACCAACUCCUGUUAAUGAUGAGGAGAUAGACCUUCUCUUUCAAACUUCUCCAAGGGUAGAAAAUGGGAAAGAAGAUACAGAUUCAUUUGAGGAACUGGAAGCAGAUGAAAAUGCAUUUUUGGUUGCAGAGGAGGAGGAGUUGAAGGAAGCCCGAAAAGCACUGAGGUGGAGCUAUGACUUUUUGAUGGGUAACUUGAAGGUAAACUCUGCUGUGAGGAGUUUUUCCAGACUUCUUUUUGUUGGGCUUGGCGUGUUGCUUGUGGUUUUCCCUCUACUACUUGUCCUUCUGGAAUCAGAUCUUGACAUCUCCUUCCUCCACGAAAUCCGCCAAACACCAGAAUUUCAGCAGUUUCACAUUGAAUAUUACUGUCCUCUCAGACAGUGGAUAGCCUGCAAAGUAGACUUCAUUAGCCAUUUGUUUGGCAGCUCUUAAACAUAAAAAAUGUGCAAAACUAAGGGCUAUAUUCAAAACUAGUGAAUUUUAGUCAGUAUUUAGGUGCUCAUAAACAUCUUGCAGGU